AUGCCAAUACCGCGCAGUCCUUCUCUCCUGUCUCCGGCAAACUACGACAAUGACGCGGCUUCUCUACGAUCGCCCUCCGAGCAGGACUCUGACUCUGACGACGACGAGCUCCUUCGUCAACCCCGCAGUACUCUGGAGCUUUCUCAAUACGAUCGGAGCGUCCUUGAGGAUGAAGACGAACUGGAGAAGCUCUUGACGAGAAGCGGUCCUGCUCAGGGCCUGCGCCGAAUCUUCAGUCCCAGCGGGACCAGAGUCCGUAUUGGCAAAAAGGAGCGGCGGCGAGCACGUCGGGAAGCGCGCUUGUCACGCCGCGAACGAGUCAGUGAGGAAGGAGAGCUCAUGUACGAGAUGGAAGAGGGCUUAGGGGAUGACGAGACUUCCUCUCUCGUGAGCGGAGGGUCGUCGAUUGACGAUGCGGGUAAAGAAGGCUUUAUCUACGAACCACCUAAAAGGCCGUCCUGGCAGAAAUUAGUUCUGGUGUCUGCGAUCAUCGCCGUUUUGUUCCUCAUCCUCUUCCUCGGCGCGUAUAAGGCUUCCAGUAGCUUCCGAGCCAUCCGUCCACAUGCUCAGCGUCUUCUGUCCAACGGAACAGCCUUGUUUGCUCCGACCACGAUCAUGAUCUCGCUGGACGGAUUCCGAGCCGAUUUUCUCGACCGUGACCUGACUCCGGCCCUCCACUCACUGGUCGCAAAGGGUGUGUCGCCCCAGUACAUGAAUCCCAGCUUUCCCAGCGUCACAUUCCCGAACCACUUCACACUCGUAACUGGACUGUAUCCCGAGAGCCAUGGCAUCGUUGGCAACACUUUCUGGGAUCCAGACAUGGGCGAGGAAUUCUUCUAUACUCAUCCUGCCGUGAGCAUGCAGCCCAAGUGGUGGAACGCUGAGCCUUUGUGGGAGACAGCGGAGAAGCAAGGGGUCAAGACCGGCAUCCACAUGUGGCCGGGCUCAGAGGCUCAUAUCGGGGUAGUUGAGCCGAGCUACGUGGACAAAUACAAUGGAUCGGAGGCUUUGCCGCGCAAGGUCAAGCGCAUCCUCGAACUUCUUGACCUACCUGGGCCAGAGGAUGAAACGCACCUGGCUUCGCAACGCCCCCAGUUCAUUGCUGCAUAUGUACCAGAUGUGGACCAGGAUGGACACAGGUACGGUCCGAAUAGUACCGAGAUACGAGGAACAAUCUCACGUGUCGACGGUUUUGUUGCAGGUAUCAUUGCUGGUCUGGAACAUCGCAACUUGACCGACCUGGUCAACCUAGUUGUUGUUUCAGAUCACGGUAUGGCUAGCACCUCCACCAAGCGGCUUGUCCAGUUGGACGAUGAAAUAGACCUCCGACUAGUGGAACGCAUUGAUGGUUGGCCAUCCCGUGGUUUGCGUCCUAAGCAACCAGAAAAUUUGGAGAUUCUGCAAGAGCAAUUGGAGAGGCUGGGUCGAAAGUAUGCAGAUGCCGUCGAGAUAUACACUCGUGAGACCAUGCCUGAACGGUAUCACUUUUCCAAUAAUGAUCGCAUCGCUCCCUUGUGGGUGAUCCCUCGUGCAGGUUGGGCCAUUGUCGAGCGGCCCACCUUCGACGCGAAGAAGGCGCUUGAGACUGGAGAGUUGUAUCAUCCUAAAGGGAUCCAUGGGUAUGAUCAUGAACAUCCACUCAUGCGGGCGAUCUUCAUUGCUCGAGGACCUGCUUUCCCGCACCAACCAAACAGUCGACUUGAAGUUUUCCAAAAUAUUGAGGUGUACAACAUCAUCUGUGAUUCGCUCGGCGUGAGCCCGUUGCCAAAUAAUGGCACAUUGCGUCUACCGCUUAAACCCGUGGGUUUGCACUCGGACUCAUACACGCCGCCACACGCAAUGCCGUCGGAUCCUCCUGCAUCCACGCAGCCGACAACAACAACAACGGUCACAACUGCUACGGCUGUUUUCCCGGAACCAACCUCGGCUGCUACAGAUGUGCCAGCUUCAACUGAUUCUGGUAAUGUCGAAGAUGAGAUAUCCUCAUGGUGGGAAAAGGUAACAGACAAGCUUGGUGAUCUCAAAGAAUGGGCGGAGGAGUUGUUUUCUGCAGAAAUAGACAAUCAUCCACAGCCAUGA